CUAUAUCUUUAAUUGCAACUGUUUGUUUCCGAGCCAUGGGUGGUGGCAAUGAAACAUCUAGUUUGCUUUCCGAGAUUUUAUUCUACCAUGUUCCUUGUUCAGACUUGUAAUUUUACUCCUGAAAAUGAGCUAGGAUAUACAUACAUAUAUGUAUAUAUGUUGUUUCCUUUACCUAUCAAAAAUGCUUGUUAGGGAUAAGUUCCUCUGUGCUUGUCUGCCCCCAUGCCAUGCUUGUGAAUCUUUUUCAGUAGACAUAUAUUGAGGUUGUGAAAAGCAAACCACUUGUCUUAGCAUCAGAUUCAAAGCAACUAGAGGUGGGGGAAUAACUUUUAUCUACUUUAUUCUGUCAUAUUGUUGGGUUACCCUUAUUCUCCUCGUCUUGCUGGAUAUUAGCCUCAUCACCAUUAAAGAGCUGUCUCUCUAUGGAAAACAAAGCAAGGAUGAUUUAAGUUCAGGGAUUGUACACUUUAUGGGUGCUUUGAAUCUCACUGUCCAGGUGCUUAACAUUUCCCCCAAGGCAAGUAGGGAAGAUCUUCUAACCUUUUUUUCAUACUGUGGUACAGUUGCUGAAAUCCAGCUGCAGAGGGACAAAGAUAAGUCUCAGCUGGCUUUUGUGACUUUUCGGCAACCGUAUGCCCUUCAAACUGCUCUUCUCUUGAAUGACGUGCCCAUAAUAGAUCGUCAAGUCCGCAUAUUACCUCUGGACAAUAUGAAGAACAUACCAAUAAACUCUUGCACUUCAGACAGCAUGAACUCCAAGAGAGACAGGGAAGGCUCCCUUCCGGCCGCUGAUGUGGUGCAAGCACUAGCAUCGAAAAGCCACGAGGCCUUAAGCAGCGCAAAGGAGCAAGUCUCAGCUACUGGCAGAAUACUCACCAAGCAGGCAAAUUCAGCUAUCUCAGCAGCAGAGCAGUCAGUGGGCAACAUCAGAUCGGCAGUCAUGAAUAAUAACUACUUCUCAAAGGGUGCGCUGUGGCUCUCAGAUGUUCUUGACAAAGCCUCAAAAAGCAUGGCUGAGCUCGCUAAUGUUGAGGAUAGAGACAUGACAUCCGGAAAGCAGAAAUGAGCAGUCAUUUGUAUUGACGAAAUGCUUUGUUGUUGCCAUGGAAGUCCAAUAAAUGUUUUUAUUUGUCGUUGUUAUAUAAAUGACAAAAGCUUGCUAAAAUGGAAGGAAGUUUGGGUGAAACUCAUGGCUCACUGUGGUGUCAUUUGGGCUGUAAAAAUCAAUGGCCUCACGCCCAAGAAAAACAAAAUAUAUGGUAGGAAGAAUUGUAGGAGAAUUUUAUGAUACAUUGUGUAAUUUGGAUCAAGAUUUGCUGUAUCAAUUGCUAUCGUAUGGUACUGGUCAUACUGUUCUGUACUCUCAUAUGAUAUUGAUAUUCGGGAUAUUUUGUCA